AUGAAGAAGUCACACUCGAGAGACAUUAUCACUUUUAAACGCAAAAUAUUCCCACAAAAAAAAAAAAAAAAAGAAGAAGAAGUAAGUUUUGAACAUUUUCGAGCGCGUCGACUCGCCAUGGACGAAGGUGGCCCCUCCUGCGCGUUACCCGAAUUGAAGGAGCUGGAGAGCAAGCUGGGUCGCAAAAUCCCCGAAAGUCUCGCUCGCUCCCUGGCGGGGGGCAAACACGACAAGGCGGCACGCCCGGCGGUGACGCCGCGUCCGGGACGCGAGUCCGCCGACUUUGACCGGCUGGAGGGCAAAAUGCUUUUCCUCAAACAAGAAAUGGCCAACCUGCGCGCCAUCGACGUGCAACUGAUGCAGCAGCUCAUCGCCAUCAACGAGGGCAUCGAGUCCAUCCGCUGGGCGAUCGACGACCGAGGCGACGCGGCCAGCCGGGACGGCAGCCUGACGGGCAGCCUGUACAGCCUGUCGGACAGCCGCGACGGCGGCUCGCCGCCGGGCAGCCUCGGGAGCCUGAACGAUGGCGACAGCGACGAGCUGGACACGCUGUCCGUGGGCAGCUACCUGGACACCCUUGCCGAGGACCUCCUGGAAGACCCUUCGCCCACCGACCUGGACUACUUUGUGGAGCAAUCAGUCAUAGACGGGGACACUUUUGUGAAAUCCCCAGUGAAAGUGAGGGUCGACUCGGAUGAGUACUACUGCUUUGGAUAAUAAUGAUCCAUCUUUUUACACCUGUGUGGUUUUUAAUGAACGCCACUGACUCACUUGUUUUUGUUUUACUUUGAAACUCGCCACACCUCACACAAACCACUUGCAACCACGCCCUUACUUACCGACUCACGCUUUGUCAACUUUUUGCAGCUUUCUCUUGCGGUUUUUGUUGGGUGCAAACGUCAUAUUUAUUUGCUACCACGUUAUUUAUUUUUGCUGUUGUUGUUGUGACCGGUUUGUACACUAGGGUGAUACCUUCAGAGAUGCGACUAAGGAUCCUUGCCGGUUACAGUUUUGGAUCAUAACUAGAUCCUUUUAGGCAUAGAAACGGUACCUUUUGAAUUUUUCCGUGUACAGUAUUGGGAAAAGCAAAAUAUUGUUUCCCCUUAAGGUACCUUUAUUUGUUGGGUCCUUCAAAUGUUCUUUUGUAGCAUGGACCCUUGAUUUUUAGCGCCUGGGAACAUACCUCAUCCAUGUAAGAGAGUCUACCAUUUUGAUCUGGUAAAAAAAAAAAAAAAAAAAACGUUCUGACUAAAAGAUUUUCUGACACGUACUCAUGGAAAAAGUACAGCGCUGUAAUUUUAACUGGUAUGAUUGCUCGACACCGGUACCGUCAAAAGUUAGGACUUAGAGACCCCAAGACUGUUGACUUUUGCCGGCCGUGUUCUUUCAAAGUUCCAAACUGUACCUUUUCCAGACCAAUCUGUCGUCUUCGGCAGGCGAGAUUGGACCAGAUUUUCUGACAUGCUAAUACAAUGUACUUUUUAAGCGGUAUGUGAUUGAUUUUUAGAGUAUGGGAACUUGUAUCAGGCCAUUCGGUCCGAAGAUGUUUAAAUUUUACCAGGUUUUUCUGAUGAACCCUUGAUAAAAAAAAAAAAAAAAAAACAGUUUUAUCCUUGCAUUAUUUAAGCCGGACUUUUUUACCUUGCCGCUUUUGUACCCGCAACACUUUUCAUACUUGGGAACACGCCUGUGUACUUUUAGCCCCGGAAAAAGGUACAAGCCACGACUUGGGAGUGCA